AUGGCGAAUAAGGCGCCGUUUAAGACAACUUUCGAGGCCAGCGAAGUAAUUCGGCCCAUUUUUACAGGUGGCGCUGUCGCAUUGGAGAAUGGCGCACGAGUUCUCGCAACAACCCUUGGUGAGGAUGCUGUCUUGACCGACAUCAAGACUGGAAAACAUAUCACAACAGUGGAAGGGGAUGGAGAAUUAAUAUCUACUUUAACUUUGACUCCUUCGGGAUCCCACCUCAUUAUAUGCUCCCGCUCGUUAUCCAUGCGGAUAUAUGCCCUCAAAGCCUCAAGCGACUCGAUAGAACCUCAAUUGGUACGAACGCUCAAACCUCACUCGACUCCCGUCGUUGUUCUCGCUGUCGAUAGGACUAGCACCCUCUUAGCAACUGGAGGAACCGAUGGUUCUAUUAAAGUCUGGGAUAUAAGUGGCGGCUAUGUCACGCAUACAUUUCGAGGCCCGAGCGUUCUUGUGUCUGCCCUUCACUUUUUUGAACUUGCCGCAAGUUCGUCAAGCGCCCCAGAAAACGAUACAAAAGAAAAAGGGAAAAAAGGAAAACCAAAAGGCACAACUGAAGAUGAUAGAAAUGACACGAGUUCCACGGCGAAAUUCCGACUGGCCUCAGGAAGUCAAGAUGGAAAAGUUCGUAUAUGGGACUUACAUAAGAGGAAUGUUGUAGCGAACCUCGACUCGCACGUUUCGGAUGUCCAAGGCCUAGAUUAUUCUCCCUCUCAAAAUGUACUAGUGACUGCCGGUAGGGACAAAACGAUUAGAUGGUGGGAUACAAAGUCUUGGAAAGUUCGAAAGGUCGUUCCAUGUUUCGAACUCGUCGAGGCAGCUGGUUUUAUUGGGGAUGGCCAACUUACCUAUACUGCUGGGUCGAACGGGUGCUUACGCUUUUGGGACACAGAAACAGGCAGGGAACUCACAAAAGAACAAGCGCCGAAAUCUGAGGUUGAAGCUUUUGUAGGAGCUGUCUACAGGCCAGAGUUCCCAUUUGUAGUCUGUGUUCAGGUCGAUCACACUCUAUCUCUGUAUGAUAUUCCCUCCGAUGUCCAUAAGCAGUCCCAACUCCCGCCUCCUGAACCGUUUCGCCGAAUUUCGGGCACCCACGACGAUAUCAUAGACUUACGAUAUCUACUUCCUGACCAUUCUGCAAUGGCUUUAGCAACGAACUCCGAAGACAUCCGGAUAGUUUCGGUAACUGGGUCAAGGCCUGGAUCGAAAGCUAUAGUGUCUUCUGAGUACUUUGGGCAGGAUAUUGCGCUUCUUAAGGGUCAUGAAGACAUCAUCAUAUCGCUUGAUGCUGACUGGUCUGGACACUGGGUCGCUACGGGCGCUAAAGAUAAUACCGCGAAAUUGUGGCGAGUAGAUCCGGCUAAUAAUUCUUAUAUCUGCUGGGCAACAUUCCCAGGACAUGCCGAAUCUGUCGGGGCCGUGGCAUUGCCUCGAAGUCGGCCGGUAGAAGGUUCAAAGGCAUAUGCUGAUCCAUUAAGUCACCCCCCUUCAUUCCUAAUCACGGGAUCGUCGGAUCAAACUAUAAAACGCUGGGAGAUACCUAAAGAGCCCCAACAGGGCGUAAAGACGACCAUUAGAGCUGCUUAUACACGAAAGGCUCACGACAAGGAUAUCAAUGCUAUCGACAUGAAUCAUGCAUCGCGCUUAUUUGCCUCAGCCUCCCAGGACAAAACCGUGAAAAUAUGGUCGAUAGAAGAAGGAGAAGUGCAAGGCAUCCUCCGAGGCCAUCGGCGAGGUGUUUGGUCUGUCAGUUUUGCCCCCCCUAGCACACCCGUGCUCCAGGGCGAGCAAGGAUCAGUUGCUGGGAAAGGUGUAAUACUCACAGGAAGUGGUGAUAAGACUGUAAAACUCUGGAAUCUCACGGAUUAUACAUGUUUGAGAACAUUCGAGGGCCAUUCGAAUACGGUUCUUAAAGUAGUAUGGCUUAACAUCCCUCCAAACGAAGAGCGCGGUAAAAAGCCUAUACUAUGCGCCAGUGCUGGAGGAGAUGGGCUGGUGAAAGUAUGGGACAUCAAUAAUGGUGAGAACGAAUGCACAUUGGAUAACCAUGAGGACCGAGUCUGGGCUCUCGCGGUGCACCCCGAAACGAACAUGAUUGUCUCUGGUAGCGGUGACUCAACUGUAACGUUUUGGAAGGAUACUUCAAGCGAGACGCAGACUGCUUCCAACGAAGCAGCUCUAAAGCGUAUUGAGCAAGAACAGGAACUUGAGAAUUACGAAUAUGUGGGAGCAUACCGCGAGGCAAUCACGAUGGCGCUUCAACUCAACCACCCUCGCAAGCUUCAGAGCCUUUUCGAACGGGUAGUUAAUUCGAAGACAGCGGAUCCCGAGAGUCUUUCAGGCCUGAAGGCAGUCGACGAAGUGCUAGCAUCUCUUUCAGACGACCAGCUAUUCUUGCUUUUGCUAAGGCUAAGAGAUUGGAAUACCAACGCUCGGACAGCACCGAUGGCCCAACGUAUUCUCUGGGCGCUCAUAAAGAGUUACCCAGCGUCACGUUUCUCUAAUUUAUCUGUUAAAGGAGCGCGGGGCCAGAAGAGUGUGAAGGAGGUCCUGAACGCGCUUAAGGUCUAUACCGAGAGGCAUUAUAAGCGUAUGGAAGAGCUGGUUGAGGAGAGCUAUCUGGUGGAAUAUACCCUGCAGGAAAUGGAUAGUCUCGCGCCCAGCUUAAGUAGCAUGAAAUUGGUGGAGAAUGGAGAUAUGGAUGUUGUGAUGACAUCUUGA